GAGUUUUAGGUUGGAUUUAAGGAAGGCAACCCACUUAAGACAAGGUUGGAUUUAAGGGAGGCAGCUGCCAAUUCUUGGAAGAUUGCAAGUCAAAAAUGGGAAGGCCUCCUUCUAAUGAUGACAGUGGCCUCAAGAAAGGCCCUUGGACACCUGAAGAAGAUCAAAAGCUUGUCAAAUAUAUCCAAAAACAUGGACAUGGAAGCUGGAGAGCCCUUCCCAAACUUGCAGGGCUUAACAGAUGUGGGAAGAGUUGCAGAUUAAGAUGGACGAACUACUUAAGGCCUGACAUCAAGAGAGGGAAAUUUUCCCAAGAAGAAGAACAAACAAUUCUGAAUCUCCAUGCUGUUCUUGGCAACAAAUGGUCGGCAAUCGCAGGCCACCUACCUGGUCGGACGGACAAUGAAAUCAAGAAUUUCUGGAACACCCAUCUGAAGAAAAAGCUUAUUCAGAUGGGGUUUGAUCCGAUGACCCACAGGCCUCGAACCGACAUCUUCUCAAGCUUGCCUCACCUUAUAGCUCUGGCUAAUUUGAAAGAGCUUAUGGAUCACCACUCAUGGGAAGAACAGGCUGUGAGACUACAAGCAGAGGCUGCUCAAAUGGCUACUCUUCAAUGCCUACAAUAUCUCCUCCACCCCGCAAACAACUUAAACAGUUUCUCUGACAUGGAGACUAUUAACCUUUUGAACUCAGUUUCUUCAAUGAAAGAUGACUUAGGCCUUCAACCAGUACUCCAUGAUGAUUCAAUCCCUUUCCUUCAUUUGCCUGACUUGCAAAUCCCUUGCACCUAUCAAACACCGUUAAACAAUGGCAAUGAUAUUGUUCAAGCUCCUCCUCAGCUUGAGUUAACGGCGUUUAGCCAAGGGGAAAACUCUCCCAUUAAUUCUCCAUGGCUUGCUUCAUCUUCGAGCACUCCAUCUCCUUCUGUGGCUCCGCCAGUAACGACAGAGACUUCCAUCAGCAAUUUAGGCGAUGCAUGCAGUACUUCAAGCUUCGGAGGAGCCGCUCCUUUCGCUUGGCCUGAACUUCUGCUUGAAUACCCUUUGUUUGAUCAUGAGAUUUCUUAGUUUUAGAUGUGUGUGAAAGGUUUGAAGUUGCACCAUGCACCACUUUACUCGAUCUGUGUGUUAUUAAUUAGUUCUAAUUAAGCAUAUAUAUCUAUACUACUUUUCAUUUAUGCAUAA